CAUUUUGAUACAAUCAGUUCCACAUGUCCAGUGUUGUAGUAACUUCGUUUUACUUCCUCUGCGUUUUGUUGUCCACGUCCGGAUGCUAACCAUAACAUUAGCCUCAUUUUUGCUAAUAAUCCAAAGUGUGUGUGUUUAUGCCCGGUCUGGAUGCUGACAGUCCUCACAUGUGGACUGUAGCUUUUUAAAACAUGUCUGCACACACCGGAGCAGUAAAACCUCUGCGCUUCGGUCAGGUGGUCAUCGGACCUCCGGGCUCAGGUAAAACCACCUACUGCCGAGGAAUGCAACAGUUCUUGACUAAAAUGGGACGCAAAGUGGUCGUGGUGAAUAUGGACCCAGCCAACGAAGGAACACCUUAUCAAUGUGACGUGGAUAUUUCCGAGCUGGUGACCCUGGAUGAUGUCAUGGAGAACCUGAAGCUCGGACCCAACGGUGGUCUUCUGUACUGUAUGGAGUAUGUGGAGGCAAAUCUGGACUGGCUGGAGAGCAAGCUGACGUCACACGGUGACUGUUACUUCCUGUUUGACUGUCCUGGACAGGUGGAGCUUUACACCCACCAGACUUCAGUAAAGAACAUAUUCUCGCAGCUGACCAAGUGGAAUUUCAGGCUGACGGCAGUCCACCUUGUAGACUCUCAUUACUGCGCUGAUCCAGCCAAGUUCAUCUCAGUGCUGUGCACUACUCUGUCCACCAUGUUGCAUGUGGAGCUCCCCCACGUCAACAUCCUUUCCAAGAUGGAUCUCAUCGAGCAGUAUGGAAAACUAGCUUUCAACCUGGAUUUUUACACCGAAGUGUUGGACUUGACCUAUCUUCUCGACCACUUGGCUGCAGAUCCCUUCUUCAAAAAAUUCCACCGUCUGAAUGAAAAGUUGGCAGAAGUUGUUCAAGAUUACAGCCUUGUCUCGUUUGUGCCUCUUAACGUGGAGGACAAAGAAAGCAUGAUUCAGGUCUUGCGAGCGGUGGACAAAGCUAACGGCUACUGCUUCGGAGACCUGGAGGAGAGAAACCUGCAGGCGAUGAUGUCAGCCGCAGUGGGGGCAGACUUCCAGUUCAACUCUACUCUCGGGGUACAAGAGAGAUAUGUUGAAACUCGUGCGAAGACUUUGGAGGAGGAAAUGAUGGAUCUGUAAGAUGAAAGUUGGUGUACCAUUCAGACUCGGCAACCUCUGUCCCAGUUGUCCAAAAUGUAUGGUUGUCGCUACAAAAAGCUAGAAAGACGAGUGGAAUGUGGAUACCCUCAGACUGCUUCGGACAAACCACGAUGAGGAAGACUGUCACCUCAUAACAGUGCGCAUGAUAUUUUUUGUACUGCAAGAAUAGUAAAUAUUAACACCAGUGUAUUUGUUCAAAUAA